AUGCGCCCUCCCCAUCACGACUUGCGGUGGAGAUUGCAGCGGCGCCUUCGGCGCAGUUCGCUCCCGCGGCUCCUACUCGACGACGUGGUGAACCUCUGCCCUGGGGUGCGGCGCUAUCCGCUGACCCCACUCCUCCAGGUGCGGCCAGCCGUGGCGGAGACGGAGCAGGCUCUCCCUCCGCCUGGCAGAGUGCAGCCUGCACCCGGCGCUGGCCAGGCCCGAGCCCGUCGCGAGGCUUCCUCCGGCAUGGUUCCCAGAAGCGGAGACGACGGUGCGGCCACAGCAGCGGCCCCUCCCGCGACGGAAGCAGCGGCCCCUUCCGCCGGCGGAGCCCAUCUCGAAUGGCUGUGGCGUAGAAAAUUCCCCAUUGGGAAUUUCAUAUCCGCACAGGAGGAAGAAAGGAAAUCUUAUCCUUUCAACCAUUUCUGGAUUUAG